AUGUUCUUCGAUGAUGAUCUCAUAGACUUCGGAGGACUUUUAGGCGCAGCUGGCGCUGACGGGAAGGACGACGCGGACUCUGUCUUCCAGGAAGACGCUGUCUCCGGCACCUCGUCGAAUCUGAGUGUGCCGACUCUGGAUGCAUUUUCGGAGGCGCCACGAAGAAAACGUGGUUCCCGAGGAGGCUCUCAGCGGGCCGCUUCGGACAAGGACGCUAAAAGAUGGCGUUCGGGAGCAAUCUCGCCGGCGCCGGUGUUCGACGGCGACAUCGAGAAGGAUCCGUACUGCCUGCGUCACUACAAGCGCAAGCUGGGCAGGUGGUUGAGGAUUACCAAGGAAUUCUUGCCGCCGAACGAACAAGCGCUCAGGGCUCUUGAGCAGCUCCGAGGCGAGGCUGAGUUGGAGUUCGAAGAGGUGGACGAUGCCAGGUUCGACUGCUCGGACGUCAUCGACAAGCUGAUCAAGGACUUAGAAGUGUCGUUCGGAGAGAGGGAGUUGUUCCGUCAAGGCGGCACGAUUCGUGAAUUCGAGCAGGUGUGCCGGCUGCAAGGGGAAAGCGUUUCUGCUUUCAUACGAAGGUUUCGCUUACUGGAGCGGAAGCUCAAGGACAAUCGGGUACCCCCGUACCCGGAGCAGGCCCGAGUGGUUAAGCUGCUGGACGGCCUGCGCCUGGAUGACAAAUCGGUCUCGGCCGUUCUGUUGGCAGCAGGCAACGAGUACAACAUGAACAAGGUCCUUGAGGCACUACGCAUACAGUACCCGGCAGGCAUGACUAUCACAGGCAUACCACGCGCUCGCCAGGACCCAAGGACUUCACGAGGGCGCCGAACUUCGUCUUCGAGAUCCACGGCCUCGACCGCUUCUACCCGAUCCGUGGCUUCGUCGAGGAGCUCACAAGGCGGCCGUCGUUGGCGUCAGUGGAACACCAAUGCUGAUGAUGAGAACGAUGACUGGUACAAUCCUGACGCCGGCGAGAACGAGACGUGGGACUCACUGCCCGAUGCUGCCUCGAACGUCCCCGACCUCGAGGCUGAGGAACCAGGCCUUCCCGAGAUACCCGAGGAGGAGGCCGAGGACCCGGACCAGGACGAGACUCAGCUCAACGAGGCCGAGGAAUGGGCUGAGUGGCCAGUCUCCGACUCGGUCGGUAACGCUCUCGCCGAAGCCGCGCAGGCAUUGACGGUCACCUCGAAGAAGCUGGCAGGCCUUGCGCAGUCGAGAGGCUUCUACCAGACUAAGGGCGUCCCCGCUUCUUCUGGCAAGGGCAAGAAGGGCUUUCCUUCGUCCGGAAAGGGCAAGGGCAAGCAGGGCAAACCAGGCACGAAAGGCAGUGGCAAGUCGAAGGGCAAGGGGCGCGGCAAGUUGGACGCUCAAUCUGCCCUCCAGCAACAGAGACUCCAAGGUAGUCUGUGCCUGGGCUGCGGCUCUGCAGAUCACUGGCUUAGAGACUGUCCCAACUUCAACGUGCAGAACGCUCAGCUGGCGUCAGCCAGCUUGCCUGGGGUUUGUUUGGAUGCCGACGGGGCGGUCGAGAUUCACUCCAGCUGGACAACCUCCUCGAGCGCCAUCGACCCGGCCCCAUCGGACGUUCAGAUGCUUCAUGUCGCUAUGCCGAGCAAAAAGAAGGUUUACUUCCAGCUUCCUCCGCUUCAAGACUUUGAGCCCAAAAUCGCUAGAUCUCCUAGUGUUCUACUGCAGUACUGCGAAGGACCUUGCUCGGCAUACAUCAUAGCGGACACUGGAUGCCAGCGUCAAGUAGCAGGCCAAGCGUGGCACGACCAGAAAGCCCAGGAAAUCCGUCCCCUCAAGAGGCUUGAGUUCCCCGACAAGUGCAAGUUCUCGUUCGGUCCGAGUGCUCCUGUCACUUCUGUUGGUCGACAUGUGUACCCGGUGGCCAUUGCAGGUGUCCAGUUCAGUUUGUCGGUGAGUGUGGUCGCCGCCAAGGCCCCAGCUUUGCUUUCGAGAAGGGCUUUCGAAGCUUUUGGUGCAGUUCCGGACGUUCAUACAGGUUGUGGUUGUCCCCUUGUGGACACUUGGCUAUCCGUCUUGAUGAGUGGGGCAAAGAAUCCUUUCCCUGGCCCCCAAGCAGUGUGCCACGUGAUUUACCCGUCAUUCACCCGGCAGCUUUUGAUCGCCCAAGCGUGUUGGAAACUACGACAAGCCCAGCACAACCUCCUCCGCAUGCCUCGAGAGGCACCUCCGCAAUGGCUGGUUCGCUGGCGAAAUCUACUACAAGGCCUCCUGGGCUUUGUGAACAGCGUCCAACAAAUGGUGCUGCUCUACUCAGUGACUUCUCUCAGGGGCAACUUGAAAGACCUCGUCCUUCGGAACUAUGGGGUCCCGUCGACGGCUACUUCAGUCCUGAGUACGGUGGGAGCCAUAGCGGCUCAGACUGCCUUGACGAACCAGUCCUACAUGAAGAAGCCGGACCAAUGCAGUCAUCCCUCAGGAUUACGAGCUUACGGAGGCGGGGGCACCAAGGUGAGGAUCUGCGACGUGUGCGGAUCUCGGUGGGUGGUGAUGCCGAACGGAAAUCAGGUACCUGCGACUCCCAAGGCCUCACCCCAAGCAAAAACUCCACUCGAUCUCCCGGAGAGAGUGGUCCAAGCCCUACGCAGGGAGCGAGAGAGCAAGAAUCCCAAGGCCAAGGCCGCAAGCGGAAGCCGCCAGUACGACAACGAGGACCUCGGUGCAGCGUACCCCGCCUCCUCUCGUCCCUCCUCAACAAUCUUGGCGGGGAUCUGUUCGGGCUCCUCCGGCGGCUAUGGCUACGAGACGAUCCUCCCCGACGCGACUGAUGGCUCGUACGAAGCCUACGGCCCCUCCGCCUCUGACUCAGCGUCGAACAUGGAUGGGAAGCCCACCGGCGAUUGGGCAAAUUGGGAGGAGCCAAACUUCUUCAUGGACAACCACGACCAGCUGGAAGGUUCUCCUGACAAGCCUCUCCUACCGGAUGACCGCGGCGCCUUCUUUGUGAAGCCCGGAAUGAUCAAAAGUGUUCUGGGCAAUCAAAGAGCAGUGCGCUCCAUGUGGUUGGUAGAGCAGGAGGUGUACUUGAAUCGUGCCAGGCAGGCGCGCUCUAUGCGCAACUUCCGCUCGGACCUCCUCGACAUCUACGGUGGCAAGGCUGAGAUCACCGCCCAGGCUCUUCGAGCUGGACUUCGGGCCCUACAACCGGUCGACAAGGUGUACGGCUGGGAACUACGGCGCAAGAGCGAUUAUGCCAAUCUGGAGAACCUCGUCCUUCGACAUCGACCUUACCUUCUGGUCUACGAGAUCCCCUGUACUGCGUGGUCCAACAUCCAACAUCUCAACUAUCCUCGUGCAGAACUACAAGCACUGCGGGAUCAGCAGGACCAGUCAAUCAAGCGAAUGGUCCGCUUGAUCCAGAAGGUCAAACAUACCUAUGGAGGACACUUUCUCCUAGAGAACCCGGCGUACACCGACUUUUGGAAGCACCCAGCCAUUCACGGACUACGCCAAACUCCCGACGUGGACUUUCAAGUCGGGUGUAUGUGCGCCUUCAACCUGAAGGACGCUUCGGGAAGGCUUCUCAAAAAGCCGACGGGCUGGAUGACCGACCUUCCUCGAGUUCUGGACCAAGUAGCCCUACCAUGCAGCUGCGCACCGAAUACCCAUGGCCAAGUUCUCGGCGGGAACAGCCAGCGAGCCCAGGUCUACACCAAGGAGCUCGCAGAAGCUGUGGUGCGCGGUGUGCAAGAGUCCCUGGCAGCCGACGGUGAUGAGAGAAUGAACAGAUCCGUGCACGAGGAUAGUAUAGCUUACGAAUGUUGA